AUGACUCCUGGAGAAUUUGCUCAAGGCUCUGAAGGGACGCCGCCAGCGACCAUAGGCGGGCCAGGGUCGCCGUGGGAACUUCCUUCAUCGGCGGAAGCAACGCAGACGCGCGGGCACGGUGAGACGACACGGCGAGAUCACGCGGAGCAGGAAGAGGACGCGGCGGAGCAAACGGAGCCCACGGCGGCCCGCCACCAGCGCCUACGAAGCCCAUCCCCGCAGGCAGCGGCCGCGCUGAGCGCGCCGGGGAUCCAAAAGGAUCGUGGGGCAGGAGCGCGGAGAGAGGGACGACGGGAGCAGCGCGAGGAGCUGAUGGUGACGCCGACCCCGCACGCGAGCGACGAAGCUCCUUCUCCACGUCAUCAAGCCGAUCCAGAAGACGGCGCUCCAUUGCGGACGGCGCUGGACGCGCUUUUCCGCCACGACUGUCACCUCCCCGUCGCCCACGACGCGCACGCCCACUUGCGUUCGAGCGCACAGGCGACUGCGGGCGAGAUGGGCCCUGCGGACGCUGGCGGCCGGGGAAACGGUCCCCGCGAUGAGGGGAGUAGAGCCGUUGGCGCUUUGCAGGAGGGGGCGAACGCGGAGCUGGGGGCCGACGCCCAGAGGUCUGGCGGGCGGGCGAUCGCUGACGAGAUGAACGGGGAGCGGGCGAACGAUGACGAUGCGAGCGGCGGUCACGGGAUCGACUCCGCGACGCCACGCGACGAGGCGAACGAGGCGACAGCGGCGAACGAGCCGCACCGUGACGAUCGUCGCGGCGGCUCUCCCGCUUAUCGUCGCGAGCUGCCGAUGAGCGACGGCGAGGCGAACGCUCCCGGUGCGCCACAGCCUCUGCGCCGGAGCGCGCGACGGACCCCGCGCGCGGGGGCUCCCGCGGUGACAAGGACCGGCCCGCGCGCGGAGCCAACUCGCGCCGCUGGUCCUCGAAGCGGCGGCGGAUCUGAUCAGCGGACGCCGGCGGAGCAACAGGCACGCUCGCGGCAGGGCGUGCAGGAGGAAGCGGACGGGGAGCAGGAUCGCUCUCCGCGGCACAGUCGCGGCCCAGAGCGCCAAGGAAAUCCAUUGGCCAACGCUCAAGACGCUCCACUGGCACACAAGGAGCCAACAACGCCGAUCUCCCAGGCGCAACAGGCGGAACCUGUGGCAGCUACCCCGCGGAGCGGACGGGGAAGCACGCGGGGGAGAGGCGGGCGACGAGGAGCGCGCGGAGGGCAGAGGAGCGCAGGCCAAGCGGGAAGGGGACCGCACAGCCAGUUGCCGAGCCCAAUCUGGUUGGGGGAGCCGGCGGAACGAGUCACGCGCCAGUCAUUCGCCAGGCGGGGGGCGAGGGGAGGAACACCAGCGCAAGCGGGGAGAAAGAGGGAUAUCAACACAGAGGGGAGUGGAGACGAUUAUAUACCGUCAGAUCUGAGGCAACCAGACAAUCCCGACUCACCUCACGCGGAACAAGGAGAGGGGCAAGCGCAGCAACAGGAGAGAGGAACCGGCCGCAGACAGCAUCGCAGAGCUCAGCUUCCCCCGGACCAGGCACUAUCGGCGUCCCAGCUGGCCUCGCGGGAGGAUCUUUUCCAAAUCGCGAUGACUUGGGACCUUACACUCCUAACCUCCACCACCCACCUACCAAUCGUCCGCCGACUGCCGCCGCAGAUCCUCAGCGACUACUCCACCUUGGGGUCGCAGAGCUUCUGCUCUGAUUUUGUCCGCAGUACCCUGACAGACGCGGCAGCCCCCUUGGGCUCUCUGGCGUCCAUCCACCCACAACACGCCCUCCUGCUACUGUCUCGUUGCAUCAGCCGCAGAGUCGGCUACUUGCUGCGCACUACCCCAGCUGACGUCUUACCGCUCUCGGAAUGGCACACAUGGUGCGCCGAACUACUGAACACUGCCUUGACCGCCGCCAGCCUUCAACCGCCACGCCGAGAAGCCGAGUUCAACUUCCUUCUCCGACAGGCAACUCUCCCAGUAGCCCUAGGCGGACUGGGCCUUACGGACCCCACAACCGAAGCAGCACCGGCCUACCUGGCAUCUACAACGGAGGCGCUACGCCUGCUCCGCUCCCUGGACCUACCGGCAACCGCGCCGCUAGGGGCCAACAGCAACGCCCUGCAGCCGUCUGCAGCGCACUCCGUGACCAUCCAGGACAUGGAGGGGCGACUGCCACCGCUGGCGCUACAAAGCCUACGGGAGGAGCAGCAAACCCCGUCCCAAGACCAGCUGCAGCGCGCCCUCUCCCAGGAAUGCGGGGAGGUGCAGUCAGCGCUUCGCACGGAAACGCCGCCGGCCAGCCAGGAGUCCGGCCAACAGACAAGCGCGGCGCAGAGAAGUCGGGGACCUGACGGGGGGUGCGGAACUGAGCACUCCCCUCACGCGCGGGCUGAUAUUCGCGCAGCGUCGGCGCGCGCAGAGGAGCAACCUGGCCGGGGUCCGCGGCGAGGGGGGGACCGUUGGUCACCUCAAUGUGGACGUGAGUCGGCGCCCCACUCGCCCGGGCCUGCCUCACCACCUCCACGAACGUGUUUGCGGCGCGAUCGAGGGCAGGAUCCGGCUGGGUGCCAUUCCCGCCUCGCCCUCCGCCAUUCCGCCGGCCCCGCCGUCCCCCGGAACCAGCCGAAUGUGGACGCGGGGGGGACUGCUCGCGGCGACCCGAAUCCCAGCGACGCCCAGGCGACCCCCUCCCCCGCGUCGCCGGAGAUCGCCGCGGAGAGCGUUGCGCGGGGGAUCGCGCUCGGGGUGAGCGCUGGCCUGCCCGACCACGAGGGGACGGGCGGCGAGGAGAGCGAGGACGUGCAGGGGAGCGCUGAUCCCCCUCCCCGCGCUGAUAGUGCUCGCGAUGCUCAGGAGAAGGGCGGCCGAGGAGGCUGA